AUGGGAAAAAAGGCUAUUGACUCCCGAAUCCCGGCAUUAAUCAGAAAUGGUGUCCAGGAGAAGCAGAGAAGUUUUAUUAUCAUUGUCGGUGACAAGGCCAGAAACCAGCUUCCGAACUUGCACUACUUGAUGAUGAGUGCAGACUUGAAGAUGAACAAGUCUGUCUUGUGGGCCUAUAAGAAACAGUUGUUGGGCUUCACCUCUCACAGAAAGAAGAGAGAGAAUAAGAUCAAGAAGGAGAUCAAGAGAGGUACUCGUGAUAUCAACGACCAGGACCCUUUUGAGGCGUUUAUCUCUAACCAGAACAUCAGAUAUGUCUAUUAUAAGGAGACCGAGAAGAUCUUGGGUAACACAUACGGUAUGUGUAUUUUGCAAGAUUUCGAAGGUAUUACGCCUAACUUGAUGGCUCGUACUGUUGAGACUGUUGAAGGUGGUGGUGUGGUUGUUAUGCUCUUGAAGUCUAUGACUUCUCUUAAACAGCUUUACACUAUGACUAUGGAUAUCCAUUCCAGAUAUAGAACUGAGGCCCACGACGACGUUGUGGCUCGUUUCAACGAGAGAUUCCUCUUGUCAUUGGGUCUGUGUGAAACCUGUUUGGUUGUGGAUGAUGAGUUGAACGUCUUGCCUAUUUCUGGUGGUAAGCAUGUCAAGCCUCUUCCUCCAGCUGAUGACGAUGAGCUCACGCCUAAGCAGCAAGAACUCAACGGUCUUAAAGAGUCCUUGGCUGGCGUGCAACCUGCUGGCUCUCUUGUUGCUCUCGCCAAGACUGUGAACCAGGCUCAGGCCAUCUUGACUUUCGUGGAUGUCAUCUCUGAGAAGUCUUUGAGAAAUACUGUUACUUUGACAGCUGGUAGAGGUCGUGGUAAGUCUGCAGCUCUUGGUAUUGCCAUCGCUGCUGCUGUGUCUCACGGCUACUCCAACAUCUUCGUAACCUCUCCAUCUCCAGAGAACUUGAAGACUCUUUUUGAGUUCAUUUUCAAGGGUUUCGAUGCUUUGGGUUACACUGAACACAUGGACUACGAUAUCAUCCAGCUGACUAACCCAUCUUUCAACAAGGCCAUUGUUAGAGUCGACAUCAAGAGAGAGCACCGCCAGACCAUCCAGUACAUUUCUCCUAACGAUAACCAUGUGUUGGGUCAGGCUGAAUUGGUCAUUAUUGAUGAAGCCGCUGCUAUCCCAUUGCCAGUCGUGAAGCGUCUUAUGGGUCCUUACCUUGUUUUUAUGUCGUCUACCAUCAACGGUUACGAAGGUACUGGUCGUUCUUUGUCACUCAAGUUGAUCCAACAGUUGAGAGACCAAUCCCGUUCUAACAACUCCAACAACGAAACCACGAUAGUUUCUCGUGACAAGAAGGGUAUUGACAUUGAUACCGCUUCCAUGGCUAGAACUCUCCGUGAAGUUGUCUUGGAUGAGCCUAUUCGUUAUGCUCCUGGUGAUCCGGUCGAAAAAUGGCUCAACAAGCUCUUGUGUUUGGACGCUACUCUCACCAAGAAUGCCCGUUUUGCAACAAAGGGUACUCCACAUCCAUCUGAGUGUCAGCUUUUCUACGUCAACAGAGACACAUUGUUCUCUUACCAUCCAGUGUCUGAGGCUUUCUUGCAGAAGAUGAUGGCUUUGUAUGUUGCAUCCCACUACAAGAACUCUCCAAACGAUUUGCAGUUGAUGAGUGACGCUCCAGCUCACCAGUUGUAUGUCCUUCUUCCACCAAUCGAUGCUGGUGAUAACAGAAUCCCAGACCCAUUGUGUGUGGUCCAAUUGGCUCUUGAGGGUGAGAUUUCCAAGGAAUCUGUUAGAAAGUCCUUGUCUCGUGGCCAGCGUGCUGGUGGUGACUUGAUCCCAUGGCUCGUUUCCCAGCAGUUCCAGGAUGAAGAAUUUGCAUCUUUGAGUGGUGCUAGAGUUGUUCGUAUUGCUACUAACCCUGUCUACGCUGGUAUGGGUUACGGUUCCAAGGCUUUGGAAUUGUUGCAGGACUACUUCGAAGGUAAAUUCACUGAUAUCAGUGAAUCGAACGUUCUCAAUGACCACCAGCUUCAAAGAGUUUCCGACAGUGAGUUGGAAGGUGCUUCUCUUAAAGAUGAGAUCCGUCUUCGUGACGCCAAGGCCCUUCCUCCUUUGUUGUUGAAGUUGUCAGAGAAGGCUCCGUACUCGUUGGACUACAUGGGUGUUUCUUACGGUAUGACCACACAAUUGCAUAAGUUCUGGAAGCGUUCUGGAUUCGUUCCAGUUUACUUGCGUCAAACUGCCAACGAGUUGACUGGUGAGCACACAAGUGUCAUGAUCAAGGUCUUGAGGAACAAGAACGACGCUUGGCUCCAUGAGUUUGCCAAGGACUUCCACAAGAGAAUCUUGAACUUGCUUUCUUACGAGUUUAGAAAGUUUACUGCUGUCCAGGCCCUCAGUAUUAUAGAAUCUGCUAAGCAGGGAGAAGCCGCCGAGACGAGCACUAAGCUUUUCAACAGAGAUGAACUUGAUGCCAUUCUUUCUCCUUUCGACUUGAAGAGAUUGGAGUCAUAUGCAAACAACAUGUUGGACUACCAUGUCAUCCUUGAUAUGCUUCCAUUCAUUGCAUCUCUUUACUUCAGCAAGCGUACAGGCGACAGUGUCAGCUUGUCUUCUGUCCAGGCUGCUAUCUUGUUGGCCAUUGGUUUACAACACAAGAACAUGGACGAUGUUUCCAAGGAAUUGAACUUGCCAGCCUCCCAGUCUAUGGCUAUGUUCUCCAAGAUUGUUCGUAAGUUCUCUACAUACUUCCGUGAGCUUUUGAGCAGAGAUAUCGAAAGAAGCAUGCCUGCUCUUGAAGAUGACGAGCUUCGCGAGAUGAACGGCGAAGAGGCCACGAGAUAUGACGCUGAGGCUGUUGAAAGGGAACUUAAUGAAGAUUUGAACGAAGCCGGUAAAGAGGCUGUUUCUGAGUUGAGAACCAAGCAAAGAGAGCUUAUCAACGCUCUUGACUUGGAGAAGUAUUCCAUCAAUGACGACGUCAAGGAGUGGGACGAUAAAGCUGCUGAGAAGGCUGCCAAGGGCGAAGGUGUGAUGAGUGUGAAGAGUAAGAAGUCCAAGAGAAAGGGAGACACUGCUGAUCUGAUUCUCGAGAGCGAGAUGAAGAGCAAAUCCAAGAAGAGCAAAAAGAGCAAGAAAUAA